CUUAUAGCUGAGUAGCUUUGGAUACAAAGAUGGCCGAGUGUACAGCAGAGGAGAAGCUAGAACAGCUUCUCAAAGACCUGGAGCUACCAACGGUCUCAUCAACGGCUUCGUCAUCAUCCUCAACCAUCACCUCGACCGAGCUUGAUCUCGUUUCCUCUUCGCUGAUAGCUGGGGAUGAUGGCGAUUCACCAUCUGCCAAAUCCAAGAGAGCUCGUUCAUUGGCCUUCCUGGUGCUCGCUCGGCUCCUACAGCCCAAGGAAGGGUCAGCAGGAGACUCUAGCAGCCCUAAUAUCAAGAGCAUCGGAUCGUACAUCAAGACCCAGCUCGAAGAGACGGACCUCGAACCCCUCAUCCGAUCGCUUGCGACGCUCUCAGCAGUCUUUCAGAUCGAUCCUACGGCUGGUACUCAAAUCCUACAGACAGACGGAGUGGCUCAAGGACUCGCAGACGUUAUCGAGCUGGAAGAUCUAUCGAACUCCAGCAAACGACCAACCAAAGAACAGGCCUUGGUCCAAGCCAGAUUAGCUUACGUCCUAGCCGAAACGUUUUCCAACGGCUUGAAUGCUGCAGCUUGUCGUCCUAUCAUCCGGAACCUCGCUUCCGACUGGUUGAAUCGACAAGCUCGUCGGGACGUUCCCAAAGACGGUUCAGAACCGCUGCGAUCGCUCAGGCGGAGGACUGUUGUCGUCGCCUCGGUCGCUUUGACAAAGCUUCUCCGAGCGGAAUCAGCGGACCCCUUGAUGAACCCUACUAUAGCCGGAAAUACUGGUACAGUCGGGAGUGAUCAAGAUGACAAUGAAAGUCAAGGGCAAACGAGCAAGCGCAAGGGAGAGAUGAACCGCGAGAUGCAGGACCUGACUAGCUUGUUCAGCCAGGCUGUCAUCUCCAGUGCCGCUUCGACUCCGGCUAUAGACGGUCUAGAUAUCGACGCCAUCGGGUCAUCGCUCGAGGGACUAGCGUAUACCUCUUCACAACCUUCAGUCAAAGCGAAACUCUGCCAAGAUGCAGCUUUCAUCAAAGCUCUCUUUGCUCUCGCUGCCCGCUUAUCCAAACCUCAAUCGAAACCCAAACCUGCAGGGGAGCGAAAGACGGGCCUAUCCGCCUCUUAUGCGCUCGAUGCCGAGCUAGAUCGGCCAGAGGGCGGACCCCGGGAAUCCUCAUCUUUAGCCUACGGAAUCGGGACGAUCCUCCUCAACUUGCUUUCUCGAAGACCUACCUUGACGGCGGAACAGAGACAGGUGGAAAAGCUGAAACAGCUCGCCUCUGCCGGUAAAUCUCAACAAAAGAUGGGCCAGACGGUCGAGGAGAGCAAAGAGGAGGACGAGCGGAUCGACUCGAACGAAGCUGUUGAGGCUAGGGUCCGAUGGGCGAUGGGAAACGGUUUGAUCGGCUGUCUGAUCGAUCUCGGGAAGAGCGAUAGUGAGAGGGUCAAGGUUUUGACGGGAAAGUUAUACCUCGAGGUAUCGACGGAUGCUGGGACUCGGGCGGAAUUGGUACGGGAUGGAGGGUUCAAGAGCCUACUUCAGGUCGUCUCAUCGCUAUUACCAGAGAUUAAGCCGAAAGCGAAGCCCGAGGUCACCAAGUCUCUUACAGGGCCGACGGAAGGUGUCUCGGUGGAAGCGUUGCCAGCUAUUCAAGCGCUGGCAAAGAUGCUCAUCACCCUGCCGCCUCAGACACUGUUCGGAGUGAACCCAGCCUCGAACGCUCUUGACACCAUCCGGCCGCUUGCCAUGCUGCUCUUACACGACUCGUCCACUUUAUUGCAAAAGUUCGAGGCGAUGAUGGCAUUGACGAACCUGGCUUCCAUCGGCCCAGAGGUUGCGACGAGGAUCUUUUCGAUGAACGAUUCAGAGAUCAUCAAACAGGCAGAACACCUCAUGUUGGAGGAUCACGAGCUGGUCCGACGAGCGGCAGUCGAGCUCGUUUGCAACCUACUCGCCUCUGACGAAGGCUUCUGUCGGUACUCGGGAGAUACGCCGGACUCGAGCUCGUCCUCGAAUACCGACAGAGAAAAAGGCGGGAACAGCGAAGGCGCGACUUUUUCGAGAUUACACGUUCUACUGGCCAUGACCAACGUGUACGACCUGAACACCCGUCUAGCAGCCUCUGGCGCGCUCGCGACGUUGACGCAGUCGCCGACUGCUUGCCGAAUCUUGUUGGCAAAGGAGGACCGACAGAAAAAGGUCUUCAGCAUGAUUUUUGACAUGCUCUCGCCACCAGUCUUGCGUAGCGAUAACGACGAUGAGGGAGAUGAGGACGUAGAAGAAGUAACAACGCUGGAACCGGAUACAGGAUUGAUCUUCCGAGCCAUGAUCUUCUUGGCGAACCUGAUUGGGUUCGCUUCUUCGGAUGCAUCCGGUCAGAAAAGCGUCACCAUGUCCACGGCCGAUCAACAGGGAGUACCCAAACGUCUCCUGGAGCUAUUAGCAAAGUGGACAUCGCCGUCCAGCUCGAGCCAUCCGGGGAAAGAGGUAGCGGACGUUACGAUAGAAUGCCUGCGGCUGUUCAAGGCAGCGGGUAUCAAAUUGACGAUGUAA